AAUCCGCCACACAUCUGACCCACCCAGUAACCUCAAUCGGAAAGUGGCGAGAGCCGGAUUAUUUUCACAGGAGACUUGUCGAGGGACUGAUGUGAAAGGGCGCACACGUUGGAAAAACUCGGGCAAACCCGGUCGAAAGAGGAAGGAAGAUUGCGCUUUCGCUCAUCUGACACUUCCAGCCCUGGAGACCAGCCGACUUUCUCUCCCAGACACCGUGAGAGGCCACUAGCGCCAAGUCUGAUCCCGCUGCCAAUCUCAGCCCAGGUUGUCAACUGAAAUAAGACUGAAUAACUGCGGAAGCAGGGUCUCCGGUCACGGAGACAAGGGGGAAACUGUGGGCAGACCCUCGUAAGCGUCCGCUGCUCCACAUCUGCCAUUUUACAAGCGCCCAGGACCUGAUGCUGUUGGAAUUAACAGGUUGUUGGAAGUGAGCAGCUCCGGGGUGGUUGGUGCGUGCGGACUGCGGACCCAGUGAACGCGUCCUGCCCGGAUCUGUGGAUGAUUCUGAACCUGACCUGUUUGUGCAAGUGAUCGCUUUGUCCCUUCUCCAGUAACUUGAUCCGGGUUUUUUUUUUGGUCAAACCAGAGAAACAGGAAUACAAACUAAUCUUCCCUGGGAGGGGGAUUUGGUUGAAGCCCGACCUCCGCAUGAUAAGCUCCGUGUGUGUCUCAUCUUACCGGGGACGCAAGUCAGGCAACAAAGCUCCAUCUAAACCAUGUCUGAAGGAAGAAAUGGGCAAGGGGGAGGACAGCGAGAGAAUUACCAUCAACGUUGGUGGCACAAGGCAUGAGACGUACAAAAGUACCCUGCAAACGCUGCCGGGGACCCGGCUAGCGGGACUCGCUGACCCCGGCGCCCAGUGCAACUUUGACUUCGAUGCCAAGUCCAGCCAGUUCUUCUUUGACCGCCACCCGGGCAUUUUCGCCUAUGUGCUGAAUUACUACCGCACGGGCAAGCUGCACUGCCCGGCCGAUGUGUGCGGACCCCUGUUCGAGGAAGAGUUGGCUUUCUGGGGACUGGACGAGACCGACGUGGAGCCCUGUUGCUGGAUGACUUACAGGCAGCACCGAGAUGCCGAGGAGGCGCUGGACAUCUUCGAGCCGACGGACGGCACUUGCAACAGCGCAGAGAGGGAAGACGACGCCGAGCCCGACCUGGACUCGGGCCGCAUCCUGGGACUGGAAGCUUGCAACCACAGCCGUUCCACUCUUGCCAACUGCUGGAAGAGAUGGCAGCCCAAAAUGUGGGCACUCUUCGAAGACCCUUACUCCUCUCGAGCGGCAAGGUGUAUUGCUUUUGUGUCCCUCUUUUUCAUUCUGUUGUCAAUCACUGCCUUCUGCCUCGAGACUCAUGAGGCAUUCAACAAGAUUGUUAACUUGACAGAGUAUGUCAAAGAAGGAAACAGCACUCGGAUGGUGCAGGUCUAUGGUUUGGAGACUGAGCCAGCUCUCAUGUAUGUGGAAGGAGUGUGUGUUGUGUGGUUCACACUGGAGUUCCUGGCUCGCAUUUCCUUCUGCCCUAACAAGCUGCUCUUUGUCAAGAACAUGCUGAACCUCAUUGACUUUGUGGCCAUUCUGCCCUUCUACUUGGAGCUGGCACUUCGUGGGCUGACCUCCAAGGCAGCAAGGGACGUGCUGGGCUUCCUGCGGGUUGUCCGGUUUGUCCGGAUUCUGCGGAUUUUCAAACUGACCCGGCACUUUGUGGGACUGAGGGUACUGGGGCACACCCUGCGAGCCAGCACCAAUGAAUUUCUCCUGCUCAUUAUCUUCCUCGCCUUGGGUGUUCUCAUCUUUGCCACAAUGAUCUACUAUGCCGAGAGGAUUGGUGAAAACUCCAAUAGUCAGACUACCACUCACUUCAAGAAUAUCCCUAUUGGCUUCUGGUGGGCAGUGGUCACCAUGACGACACUUGGCUAUGGUGACAUGUUUCCCCAGACAUGGUCAGGCAUGUUGGUGGGAGCACUGUGUGCCCUGGCUGGUGUCCUCACCAUCGCAAUGCCGGUGCCGGUUAUUGUCAAUAAUUUUGGAAUGUAUUACUCUCUGGCAAUGGCCAAACAGAAGCUGCCCAAGAAACGCAGGAAGCACAUUCCCUGUGGGACACUCGCAAGGUCAAUGGGACAUUGCAAGGCAGAUGGGAGUUCCAGGAGCAGCAGCAUGCAAAGCGAUAAUGGGCCCUCUGCUGCUGAGCAGAUAACUGAGAGAAGAAACUCAGACUCCAAGCAGAAUGGCGAUGCGAACGUAGCCUUAUCCGAUGAGGAACGCAUGGCACUGAACCAGCCGUUGUCACCGGAUGAGAAUCGAGCUCUCAAGCAUUCCACCACCAAGGACAGAACCAAAAAAGGGCCUGCCUGCUACUUACUGGCAUCUGAGAACUGCAAAGAUGUCCUCACUGCUAAUUACUCUCAAGCGGAAGUGCUCACUCUUUCCUAAUACAGGGAAGAGAGCCAGCUGCCAAGUGUCGUCUACAGUCACUCAAUGACAGAGGACCAGGGGAGGUUCCAGUUUGUCACAAACAAUGGUGAAGAUCAGAAGCUUUGAAUUAACAAGUACUCAUAAACAAGUAAAUUUGUUGUAAUAUAUAUAUAUUCAAUCUUGUAAAUGCAUGAAUGCAUGGUGGUCCUGUAAAUUAUGUAUUAUGAAGAGAAAAGCUAUAAAUAUAUAUAUAUAUAUAUUAUAUAUAAACAUUUCUAUAUGAAUUAUAGACAUUUGUUAACAUCUAAAUCAUAAUGUGCAAAAAUAUUUGAAUUCCAGCAAUAGAUUGAUGAUCCUCAUUGUAAUAAUUUUGUUGCACAUUUUAUACUUAUGUACUCUUGUCUAAUGUUCAGUAAGAAGAGAGAUGUAUGAAUUUACCUCAAAGUGCUUUAUUGUGAUGACUGUUGUGUUUAAGUUUGAGUCAUAUUCUAGCAGCAGAGUUAAAAUGUCAGAAGUUCUUUGAAGCUCACGUUAUUUCAUGUGAUCUAAGUCUCUUCGCAACAUUGAUCCACAUCAAGGUCUUCUUUGUAGAGGUGAAUUUAAUUCUGGUGUUCUGAAGUGAAUCAAAGGAUGAAGCAAGUUGCCCUUGGGGUAAAUCUGAAAUAAGUAUGGAAAAUGGAAAUUAUACCACAUGGCAGAAGAACAGCUCUAGAACAUAAUCUGCAGCUGUAACAGGGCUGUUCUAAAAUCUGACUAACCUACUGUGUAUUUCCAGAAUGUUCUUAUUAUCCCAGAGGAGUUAAAAAAAAAGCCUCUGGUGGGAAGUUGUGAUAUGGGACGAGAGGUCAAGUUUUUACACACACUCCAAAAGGAUUGUCGUACUGUUCAGUGUACUGUGUCUCUGGUGUCUUGAUGUCAUGUCUGCAUGUUGUUGAGCAUGAAACUUUGUGCAGCAGUGCU